AAUUUCACAGGCAGCUCGCCUCACCCUGUUCACCUCGUCUUAGUGGACCGCGACCGCUGGGCGACCCCGCCGCCAUCUGAGGUGAGCCCAGCUUCCCCCAUGUACUCCCUCCCUACGCAGCAUCCAUUAUUGUCUGCGCACUUCAAAGCACAAAGCCUCAUCUUUAAUUCACUACACCACCACACAAUUCGACACCCCACGCCGUCGAACAUUUCCAUCAUCAAAUCGCGCCCGAACCACGAAAGAGCGACAGAUGCGCACGACAGCUUUCGAUACGCCUUCGCGACCAUGAUGCGAGAUCCGCGUCGCCGGAGCCCAGAGAGCUCUCGGCGGCGAAGAAGAGACCGCCGUGAUUCUCGCGAGCAACUCGCCAGCGCUGCCGACGAGAGCGUCGUAUCGAGUAUUCCUGGUCCAUCAUCUCGGGCCCCAACACAGCAGCAGCCUUUGCCGUCCGUCUAUUCGCCGUCGCAAUCGCAAUACCCCCAAUCCUAUACCGAAUCUCAGAGAUACCCCGAAACCGAGAGAUAUGCCGCCCCUUCUGAGAGAUAUCCCGAUUCUCAGAGAUAUGGCGAGCCCCAACGAUACCCCCAACCCGACCAGUACCAACAUCACCAACACCACCAGCCGCAACAACAGUAUCCCCCUUCCGAGGCCUUCGUUCAGCCUCUAGGCUAUGGCGAACCCGAACGACAUGCCCAACCCCAGCCAUACCAAGGAAACCAUCAGUCCGAGAGGAUGCGCCCGCGAGGCGGCUCCAGUUCUUCCUCGUCCUCCUCCACCUCCUCCUCCAUGCUCAACAUCUCAGCAAAGAGCCCUAAGUUUGGCGGCAUCUUUAACACUUUCUUCAGAGCCCCCUCGGAGCAGCGCAAACGUCGCAGGAGGAAGAAGCAGAAGGCCCGCAUUCUCUCCUUUGGCAAUUCCUCCUCUUCGUCCGUCAAUUCUGACAUGGCUUACGGUCGCGGCUACAUUGACCGCGACAAGAGUCAGCUUACGAGCCCCAGGCCACAGGGAUACGCGAGUCCCUCGUUGUACCGCGCUGAACCGACUGACGCCCACCAACAACAACCGCGGCCCCCGAUGCCUCGUGAUAAGACCGACGAAGAAAUUCUCGAGAUUGGACGCCAACUGCAAGACAUUGCGCGCAGGCAGAAUGAGCAUGACCUCAAGUCUGCUUCCAAGUCACGGGCGUCCCAGCUGGCCGGUACCGCGGCUGGUGCCGCAGCCGCAGCCGCCGCCUUCAGCCAUUUCCGUAGUAAGAGUAAGAGCGACACCAAGACCAGAGGAUCUGGCACUUCUAAACCUAAUGAAAACGCUUCCUCCUCGGACGAUGACUGGGAAUCGGCGUCUGAAGAUGAGUCUACUACUACGGAUGAUUCCGACAACGGCCUGGCGUAUGGCUCCUCCAUCAAGCCGUCCAAGUCGGCAAGAAUUUCAAACGAGCCUCCGGAGCAGAUCAAGCCACCCUCGCGGAGGAGUACCAUUGUGGACCCACGCCUCUUCGGUCCCGUAAACUCUCUUCGCGGCGCCGUAAAAAGCCCAUGCGGCUUUGGCGAAGAAGACCCCCGGUCCGCUGGCUCUUCCCGGCGCCACCACGAAGAGACGGUAGCGCAGGUCGAAUCGCCCAAGACUGGGAAACAACCGAUGCAGCGUAUAUACCCCGUGCCGACCUCAGACCCGGACAAGUUUGACUACGACCGUAGCUCUGUAACCUCAUCCCGCCAGGAUGUCCCUCAGCGUGCCCGGCCCGACCCAGUCCCCAUCCAGCAGCCUAUUCCCAUUGUCCCUCUCCCGUCCAAGGUGUACGAUGCAGAAAGAUUCGAGGAGGAGGAGCGCCGGAACUCUAAGCAACCCCGCCAGCCGCCCAAGGGAAGAAGCGCUGCUGAGAAUGCCAUCGCUGGCGUAAGCAUUGCCGCUGCGGCUAUGGGUGUGACCAUGGCUGCUAAACGUAGGGACUCGGGCGAGUACAUGGAACGACGAGAUGACCGUCGAAGUGAGGUACGGGACCAUCAUCGGAAUGACUUCCGAGAUUCUUGGCAAAGCCGUCGUAUAGAGGAAGAGCCCGAACGCCCAGUACCAAUUGAGCUGGAAGACCGCGAUCCUCGUGAUCAGAACGACCCCCGCCGGCCCCAUAGACGCAACAACGUUGAGAUCAUCGACGACCGAGACAAGCGUCGGGCUGGCCGUUCUGAUCCCGCCUAUGAGGCCUUGAAGAAGCCCGACGUCGAGACUGACCCUCGCCCGGAGGUGUACAAGCUGCCCCAGGGUGACGAGAUUCGAGUUGAGUACGACCCAAAAGAUGACCACCGGCCACGUGAGGAACCAAAGGAACCUCGCAGGGAUGACCGUAAGCCGGUGGUGGUCGUGGAUGAACGCCGGGAUGUGAAGCGGGUAGAGAAGCCGACUGAGGCGCCCCGAGAGAAACAUGGGGUGGAGCAUCCCGAGGCCCCCAAUGCACAAGCCCCUAUUGACCCUUUCCAGUUCCAGGUCGCUGAUGAUGCGUUCCAAACGCCAAAGUACGCCACUCCGAAGAGGCCACUGACUCCCCAGGUCGUGACCGUCGACCGCGAACCCAACUUUGACGAUUCUCCGCCGAGGAAGCCCGACUACUCCGAAUCCCGAAUGAGCCGCAAAGACUCCUUUGAACUCGAGAAGCGUCUGGAGCAGUAUCAGCAAGGAGCACGAGACCGUUCCCGGACCCCUGAGCCGCGCCGCCGGAGAGAUUCUCUUCAGGAGGAACAGCAUGCUGCAAAGUCCAUCUACGAUGAGGCCAAGCACGCUACCGUGCCUAUAGCCGCGGCCGCCAUUGCUUCUGCCAUCGCCGUCGAAGAGGAGAGAUCACGCAAGCAUCGCAACGAUCAUGUGACCGAGGAUGGCUCUCGCGACAGAUCCCGAACUACCAAGGACGCCAUACAGGAAGAGGCCGAUCGGUACUACCGUGAGACUGUCAUCGCCCGCAAGAUCGCCAAGGACGAGAUCCGCUCGCGCAGUGCGUCUCCUCAUGAUGAGUCUGUCGUCGGCAAGUGGCAGGACCACGAUGAGGGCCCUGACAUCGUUACCAUCGUAACACCGCCCGAGAUGGAUCAUCCUCACGACAAGAGCCCGUACGACGCCCCCAACGCCGAUGUUCGCAUAGAUCAUGUCAUCAUCCCCGACGAGCUUUCUCGCUUCCGUCUGCCUCACCGUCAACUCGAUCCUGGCGCACAGCCAAUCUUCCAGUCUCGCGAUCCUUCUGCUGAGCGUGAGCGACCUCUGCUGAACCUCGUCUUACCCACACCCGUUGUUACCCCGCGCCACACGCCCGCCCCUGAAAAGCAAGCGCAGGAACAACCCUCCAGUAGAAGUAAAGAGCCUGUUCAACCACGAUCCGUUACUUCAGCUGAGCCACCUUCUUCUGCGACCGCGCCUGCCACAGAAAUCGUUUUUGGACCCAGAGGCGAGGUUGUGGAAAGGCCGACAACGCCCACAGCCAAGUCAGUCACUUGGGGCGAGAAUGAGACCAAGAGCUUCCAGAUCGAGAGCCCAGAGCCUCCAAUCAAGGAGCUGUCCAGCACCUCUAGUAAGUCUAAGAAGAAGAAAAAGAAACUGGGCAAGAGUUCACCGUGGGGCAUCAUUGCUGCGGGCGUUGCCGGUGGAGCUGCAGCGGCUGCAGUCUCUGAAGCCUCUGAAGCCCCCAAGAUGCGCGAUCCUUUCGAGAGCAAGCCCGAAGAGGAAAGGGAGCGACACAGUCCCCCAGAGUCACCAAAGUCCCGCAGCGUUGAGCCUAUGUCACCCAUCAUCGAAGCUGCCCCAUCUAAGCUCACCACGUCGUUCGAAGAUGACGCAGACUUGCCUCCCGCCCCAGGCCCCAAGCCUUCCAGCCCUCAGACGUCUAGGAUGCCUGGCGCCUUUGCAGAUGAUCUAGAAUUUGCCUCUGUGUUGGCGGCUGGUCUUCAAGACACUGGGUUUGAUCCCAACAUUGUCAUCGACAACCCCACCUACAUGCGUCGCGACAGCCCACCAGGACAAAGUGAGCCGGCCGUUUACCAGCAGCCGUUUGCCGAGACUGUCACCGACCUGGGCAUCUAUGGUCCCGAUCAUACCCAUGAUGGGCCCACUGCAGGCGACCGCGGCUUUGUCAUUGGCGAGGUGCCAGAAACACCAGUCACAGAGAAGGAAAUGCACAACGGCCACGCGACCGACUCUCCUCGUGAAAAAGAACGUCGUGACAAGGGCAAGGCUAAGGAGGUGCCAUUCAUCGAGCAGGAGCCGCCAGUUGAAGAGACUGAACCGUCGAGGAAGCUGAGCAAGAAGGAGAAGCGCAAGCAAAAGGCAUCAAAAAGGCAAAGUCUCGACAACGUGCUACCUGAAGAGACGUAUGGUGCCCCCGAACCAAGAUCACAGCCCGAACCUGCUCCUUCGUCUGCACCGGCCCCUGUCUACGAAAGACCACACGGCUAUGAUGACGUUCCCGAAGCCACAUCACGACCUGAGCCUAAUCCAUUUGCUCCGAUGGAUCAUGCAUACGCCAGACCUCACAGUUACCACGAUGUCGCCGAAGCUGCACCACACCCUGCACACGCUCCAUACUCGCAAGCAAUGCCCGCCUACGCUAGACCUCACAGUUACUAUGGCGAGCCUACAAUGGCUUACCGAGACCAACCUGCUCCCUACGCAGAGACAGGCCCUUCUUAUGAGAGGCCAAGCAGCUAUUACGAUACCCCUCAAAGUCCGGAAACCGUUGUGGCGCUUGGCCCGAAGACUCGUGGAUUUCAAGACGCACCCACCUGGGAUUUGCCCACUUCUUCUCUGACAACACACCCUCAUGACGAGACUUCCGUCUCCAGAACGGUGGAGUCCGAAGCUGCCCCAACAGACCCUGAAGCCUCCACAUCGGCGAAAACAAGAAAGAAGGACAAAAAGAAGAAGAGUCGUGGCUCGAGAUCUGAAAUCAUUGUCACAUAUGACGAUGAUGAGCCAGAAACUCAAGAGCCAUCUUCUUACAACGACCCGAGCACGUCCCGCGAGAAAUUGCCUGAGAGGGAUUCAUACCGCUCUACCGAACCCCAAGAGGCCGGCGACGACGCAUGGGAUGAGCAUGCGAAGAAGAAGAAGUCCAAGAAAUCCAAGCAGAGCUCAGACGAAUGGACAGACGUCGACAAACAGAGCGAUUACACCGCGACCCCAACCGUCGAACGAAGCAGCACUCGCGACGAUCUUGAAGACUGGGACGACCUCCCGGCCAAGUCUCAGCGGGACCGUUCCAAGUUCGAAGAGCGAGAUGUGAGCUCUGUAGUAUCUGACCCAUCGAGCAGGCGAGACAAGUCCGAGCGCCGUUCCAAGAGUAGCCGGAUUGACGACCGCGACGUGAGCUCAGUUGUCUCUGAUCCUGCGAGCCGCCGCGACAAGUCAGAUCGUCGAUCCCGGAGCAGCCGAUACGAGGACGCAGACACCAGUUCGGUGGUCUCUGACCCCUCAAGCCGGCGUGAAAAAUCCGAUCGCCGGUCCCGCAGCAGUCGCUUCGAUGAUAGGGAUGCUAGUUCAGUUGUGUCCGAUCCCGCCACACGGAGCGAAAAGUCAGAACGUCGUUCCAAGAGUCGCCGUGAGGACGAUCGAGACGCAGCUUCCGUAACCUCUGACCGUUCGUCUCGUCGUGAGAAGUCUGACCGACACUCGAAUGGAACUCGCUACGACGACGAUGCCAGGUCGGUGGUGUCGGAAAGCUCCGAACGUAAGAGACGCAGCCGAGACGACAAGAAGAGUCCCAAGGAAGAUGAGAAACGCAGUAGCGGCUUCUUUAACAACCUGUUUGGAAACAGAAGCAGCAAGGAUGUUUCCAGCAAGGACGAGAAGUCGUCUUUUUUAGAUAAUGCCGGCACCCUUGGCGCGGGUGCCGGCUUGGCGAGCGCCGUGGCAGCUUUGGGCUCCAUGAUGUCCCGCUCCAACGCCACCGAACCGCAGUUGGAAGAGUCGUCAGAUGCUCUUCAAGAUCGCGAGAGAUCCGCCAGUCCCCCGCGAGACCUAGACAUCGUCGACCCUGAGAUCGUGCCGCGGACUAUUAGACCUGCCAUCGACCCUCAGUACGGAGAUUUCCUCCCCCUGCCACCCAGCCCAAUGCCGCCCAGCACUCCUGGCUCUCCCACCCAGACAGACUUGGAUGAACUUCCUGCCCUGCCCGACAGCCGGCCGGAGACGCCACCGGAGGAGCGGAGGCGUCAGCACGAGACCAAGACGCCAAAGACACACGCCCGCAAGCGUAGCAACAUGGAGACACCGACCAGAAGCCCAAGUCAGACAGCCGUACCCUUCAAGCUGCGACUGGGGCAGAGGUCGACACCUUCGUCUCCAGGUACCUUCGGAGUCUCGCCUGUCACCUCGCCAGCGGUGCCGACGUUCCCCGAGACCACACACAUCACCCCUCCUCAUCCCGCUUCCCUGUCCAGGCGCCCCUCGAGGCCCAUCUCGUGGGAGAACAGUCGCGAGAUCAAGCCCCUCUACCUGCUUGAACAGGCUCGUCAGGAAUCCGCAGCUCACUCAAUGGAGCCACCCAUUGAUUUCCCAGAGCUGCCUCCAAGCGAGCCGUCAUCGCGGGAAUCUCCUGCACCAGAAUUCACCCUGCGUGAUGAGGAUGUGAAUUACUUCCAUCAGCUUCAGGCAUCGCCCUUUGAGCCUGACCUUCGUCUUGACACGGAUAUGUCGCGCUAUCCUGAACAAACAACGCGCCGUUUCAGCUCGCAGGAAACCACUCCGAAGGCAGAGCACGCAGUCCAGCAUGCCGGUGCCAUGUUUGAUGCGGCAUCACCUGGCCUUCCCCCGUCUGCAGAUACCGCCAGGGGGUUGGACUUGUCAGAGCAUGAGCUAGAGAAGCUGCCCGCACUUCCUGCUAGCCCUAUGACAUCCCCGGCAACGGCCAUUGCCAGUCCUACUCACCGUUCGAACAUUCCGGAGUUCAAGUCAGGGCAGUUACCUGCUCUACCCGACAGCCCCGUGACACACGCAACUGAGAUGCCCGAACCGGAACAAGUCGAGACGACGUCCAAAGAAAGAAGUUCGUAUCUCCUACACAUGACGCCCCCAUCAAUCAUCAAAAAUCUAAUGGAUCGUGACACACCAGACACACCAUCAAGCCCUACACUGAACCGAUCGCGCGAUGUUGCCGCCAAUUUGACCGAGAUUGACCAUGACGGCCACUCCCGCGAUGAUGCUAUUGGCGCUCUACUGGGAGGUGCCGCGGCUGGUCUGGGAGCUGCGUAUCUCGUAGACCGUCUCAAGUCUCACGACAAGUCAACAGAGAUUGGUCGAGACGGAAAGACUUUGGAUGCUCCCGAACCAGCGGAAUUACCCGUAAUCGAAGGCAGGAUGUCCAAGAAAGACAAGAAAAAGAAGAAGAAGGGCAAGGGCGCGUCAGUCGAUGGCAUUGCCCUCCCUUCUGAUGGGCCUACUUCUUCUGCUCUUACGCCAGAUGUCGAAGAAGCGUUGGUGUCAGCGGAGCACCUCGCAAUUGACUCCACCGACAAGGACUUCUUGCCAUCAAUCGAUCAGACUCGCGCCAUGCCAACCGAGGAGCCAGUUCACGCCUCAACUAGCAACACUAUUGACGUUGCGCCAGUCGACAGAUUUGUGGGGCCCUUGGCCGAGAUUCCCUCAGUCGCUGUCUCCUCGAACGAUGAGAUUAAUUUGGAUGUUUUGCCACCGCUUCCUGCUGCGUCUGCCGACGAGCAUGCGCUUCUCUCAGCCGAUUUUGGUCCCUCAAUUGAUCGCGCCGAUGACCCGCUGCUUUCAACUCAAGAUACUCCGCCUGUGGAGCCCACUGUUCAGGCACCCCAUGCAGUCGAGGACCUUCCAGCUGUGCUUGAUGGCAGGCAUCACGCCGGCAAAUCCGUCGCGGAGGACGUACCUGUGGAUCGCAGUGCUCUGGUCGAAGAUGUCGCUCCCAAAACCGUUACAUCUGAGCCUUUGCUCGAGGACGAUGCGUCUGACAAGAAGCUCUCCAAGAAGGAGAGAAAAAAGCAACUCAAGAUCAAGAAGGCUUGGGAGCAGGCUCAAGCCGAGAUGCAGGAGCUUGAACGAUCUGCCGAGCCGACUAAGCAGAACAGCAAAGCUGCCUCCGAAGCAGACACAACGCCGCAGCCCGCCCUCGCGCCUUUGUUUGAACAGACCGCGGAGACAACUGAAGCCGAGCGAGCCGCGGGUAUCCCGCUACCCGAGGUCUCGGAUGAGGUGUUCGAAGCUCCCCUGGAGUCCCUAGCUGACGUUCAGCCCACGCCCAAGCCGGAGAUUGCUAUCGAAACAAAGGCACCGUCCACUUUCCUACCCGCUAUUGAACAAGCGGCGGCUAUCCCUCUCCCUGAUGCCUCAGACGAAGCCUUUGAUACUCCUCUUGACUCCUUGGCCUCUAUCGAGCACCAGCCUGACACCGCUCUCGACGCGAAGGCCCUGCCGACUUCUUUGCCAAUCCUUGAACAUGCUGCGGAGAUCCGCGAGAUCGAGCAAGCUUCAGCUGAACCGCUCUCUGAGAAGGUUGAAGACAUGUCUCAGUCGAAUAUCAAGGAGGUGCCUGAAGAACCGGCCAAGGUCGAGGAGCAAGUCAAUAUCGAGGAGGUGCCCAAAAGUGAAGAGGAUCUCUUUGCUGGCUUGAGCAAGAAGCAGAAAAAAAAGAAGAUGGCAGCAAUGGCAGCUGCUACUGCCGCGGCCGCGGCUGCCGCUAGUGUAACCAACGAAGCUCACUCUUCUGAAGCCAAGGAACCCCUCGUCUCCUCAAGUCCCCUUCCGGAAGCCGUCUCGGAGCCGCCAAUUGAUGCUGAGAAGGCAACGAAGAUCACCACGGAAGCGGAAACAGCUGCAAGUGUUCCUCUUCCUGAGAUCUCGAAACCUGUCCCAGAGACCUCUCCCGAGACUAGAGAAUCUCUUGGACCAGACAAUGCCCCCAAGGAGAAGGAGUCUUCCGAUGUCGAGCUUGCCAUUGCUGUUCCACUACCUGAGAAUGUCGCUGAGUCGCUCGAACCGGAGGUUGAGCAGGCUCAGCCCGAACAGCAGACUGAGGCCGACGUGGACCCGUUUGCCGGCCUGAGUAACAAGCAGAAGAAGAAAAAGAAGGCUGAGAUGAAGGCUGCAGCCGAAGCCGCUGAGGCUGCAGCCGUCGCCGCCGCCGCCGCCGUUCCGCCUCUUGAGCAUGCCAACGAGUCGCUCGAACCGGAUACGUCUCUCAAGCCAGUCGAUGCCCCAAAGGAGAAGGAGUCUCCUGAUGCCGAGCUCGCUGCUGCCAUUCCACUACCUGAGCAUGUCGACGACUUGCUUGAACCAGAGGUUGAAGAGGCCAAGCCCGAAGAAAAGCAAGAGCAUGUCAAGGAGCUGCUUGACCCCGAAGUCGGACAAGCCAAACCUGAAGAGCAGCCCGAGGUUGAGGUGGACCCCUUUGCUGGCUUGAGCAACAAGCAGAAGAAGAAAAAGAAAGCCGAGAUGAAGGCGGCCGCCGAGGCUGCUGAGGCUGCCGCCGCUAUUGCCGCCACCGAAGCAGCCGAGGCUACUGCUGUUGACGCCGCCACUGUUCCACUUCCUGAGCAUGUGGACGAAUCACUAGGAUUGGAGGCUGAACAUCCGAAGACCGAAGAGCGACCAAAUGUCGAGUACAAACCAGUGGUCGAGGAGAAGCCAGUGACCAUGGAGAAGUCAGCGAUCGAGGAGAAGCCGAUGGAGGAGGUGGAUCCCUUUGCUGGCCUCAGCAACAAACAGAAGAAAAAGAAGAUGGCCGAGAUGAAGGCGGCCGCAGAGGCCGCAGAGGCUGUUGCCACUAAUGCCACCUCCGAAGUUGCCGCCGCCGCCGUUCCAAUUCCUGACGAGCAUGUCAACGAAUCACUUGAAUUGGAGGCUGGACGGCCCAAACCUGAGGAGCAGCUCGAGGUCGAGGAGAAAGCCGUGGUCGAGGAGAAGCCAAUGGAUGAUGUGGACCCCUUCGCCGGCCUCAGCAAUAAACAGAAGAAACAGAAGAAGGCCGAGAUGAAGGCGGCCGCUGAUGCUGCUGAACCCGCUGAGGUCAGCAGAGAAGUGGAAGUCGAACAGCCUACCGCCGCAUCACCGGCGCAACCCAUCGAAGAGAGCAAUCUAGUCACCGAAGCAACUGCUACUCCUGAAACCAGCAUCUCUCAAGCUAAGGAGGCCAUUGAGCUUGACCAGCCUGCAACCACUUCUCUCGCAGACAUCGAGGAGAAGAAGCCUGAAACAGAGCCGGAGCAGCUCAAGGCAGAGGAGGAUCCGCUUGCAGGUUUGAGCAAGAAGCAGAGGAAGAAGAAACUGGCUGAGAUGGCUGCUGCUGCUGAGGCUGCCGCUCAAGCUAGCGCUGGUCAAGCCAGCGAGACUCUGAAGGCGUCGGAAGUCCUUCCCGAGCCUUCUCUGGCACCCUCUGUCAAUGUUCAGGAGGCCAAGGACACGGAUGAAGCUGAACAGCUACCGGCACUUCCCGUCACGGAGGAGCCGGUUCCCGCCCCCGCCCUAGAUGCGGUCCAAGAACCAUUGCCUGAUGUCAACAAUUCCAAGGAGGAAGUCGAGACUGACUUGCCUGCUUCACCUCUGGUUCCUGACACUAAGAAGGGUAAAAAGAAGAAGAAGAGCAAGAAAUCUUUGGAUGCGACAAACGAAACUCUUCUAUCUACUUCAGCCCUCGAGCCCUCAACUGUUUCUUCUCAACAAGACACUCCUACAUUGGACAUCGAAGCAAGGUCGCUUGGCACCACUAAUGAUGUUACAUCCUUGCAACAAGAGUCCGCCCCUGAGGCGCCAGAAGCCAAGUCCGCUGAAAUCCAGCAAAGCCUCCCUGACCAGCGACUCGAUAUCCGCGGCCCCCAAGAAAAGCUCGAAACACCAUCGGAAUCACUGCCGCCCCUCUCCGAAUCUAACGACAAGUCACUCGGCCCAUCUGACAGCUUGGCUGAGCAGCAGGUUGCAACUGUUGACCAAGACGUCAAGCCUGCCGACACCGACGUGGCGGCUGUUGACGAGACUCAGCCUGUACCUCUAGCACCAGAAGACAGCCCGGCCACGCUUGAAGACGACCCCUGGCAGCUAGACGAGGACCCAUGGCAACAGCAACCUUCAGUCUUUGGCCAAGAAGACACUUCUGCUUCAAAGAGCGACGAGGUUUCGCAGCCACCGGCCGCUGAUCAAAUCAUCGAUGACACCCCGGUUGAACCGCUUGAGGCAGAGGUCCCAGCUGAAGCCGAGUCUACUUCCUUGUCCAAGAAGCAGAAGAAGAAGCUGAAGAAGUCCAAGAAGGACCAGACCGCCGAAGCUUUGAACGAACCUGAAGCAAAGCCUUCUUCCACCCAAACAGAUGCAAGCAUACAACCUUCUGCUGCGGAAGUGGACUUGGUACCGACCGAUAACGACACUUCUCUAGCUGUCUCCGCAGAACCUGCUGUCGAGAACGCAAUAGUCGAAGCGCCCGUCGCAAAAGCAUUGGAGGAGACGUCCGUCUUACCCGAUACUGAACCAGAUGCUACCACCAUUCCUCUACCUGAGGAUGAUACCGAGUUCGUUGAGCAGAUCCCCCGACAAACUGUUGCCGAAGUGGAUGUUGCAGGAGUGCCUCUUCCCGAAUACGCUGCCGAGAAGACCGAUGUAUCUGAACCAGCUCCGACUGAGAAGGAUGCAGCUGCAAUCCCCCUUCCGGAGGAUAUUACCGAGAAAGCCUCCGUUCUUGCCCCUGAAACUUCUGACAAUGUGCCAGCCAUUGUUGACAACGCGAUGGCAACUUCUGAGCCUAGUCUCACGGAGCCGCCACCGGCUGAGCCCAUUCAGCCUGAGGCAUCUGGCAAGAAAAAGAAAAAGAAGAAGAAGGGCAAGGGUGCUUCGCUGUCGCAGCUGGAUGACGUGAUGUCGUCUGAGUCGACUCCCCUCCAUUCCCCAGGCGUUCAGACUCCUACCACUGAAGCUCCUACCAACAAGGCUCCCUUCAAUGAGCCUGCUGCUACCGAUGCCCUUAUUGGCGAAGGUCCCGUCAUCGACACCCCGGCGUUCGAUGCUUGGGGAAUCGAGAGCCCUGCUCCCGACCAGAAAACCGUCACCGAUACCGACGCUUCUGAAGCCAUUCCUGUGGACGCACAUCACCCAGAAGACACCAACUUUCAGACGGCCCCAGUCACGGCGGACACUCUCGAGGCCCCUACACCUUCUUCGCCUUCUACUGAGCAACAGCAAGAUUCUGCUCCGACCGAGGAGACUUCUAAGUCACAUAAAAAGUCGAAGAAACAGAAGAAGAAGGACAAGAAAGCACCCGAAGAUAAUGUCCAGGUGCCAAGCAUCAACGAAGAGCUCCCUGCCGAACCCGCAAAGGGUACUUCAUCCAAUGCAACGAUCGAUGAGAAGUCCUCUGCGACUGACGCGCAGAAAGCCGACCAAUCGCAGGAAAUUGAUAUCAAGCCGACAGAUUUCGCUGUAGAGGAGGCAACUCAAGUGGAACCUCAAACGCCAACAAUGACCGAAAGCCAGGAUGAGGCUUUCCUCACACCUCCGCAAGGGCCUGCGACUCCCAUUAGCCCAGACGAGGUUUUCGAGAAUGCUUCCCAGGAGCCGACACUUGUUGACAGCCAAGUUGACUCGCUUGAGUCCAAACCGCAAGAAACCUUCGCCGAGGACCAGCAGGAUCGUGGUCCGGAGUCUCCAAUUGAACCCGAAGCAGCAUCAUCCAAGAAGAGCAAGAAGAAGGCCAAGAAGGCUGCUGCAGCCGCCGCAGCAGCUGUCGCUGCCGCCAUAACAUUGGAGCCGGCCGUCGAGGACGCUACCAAGGAUUCGGACAAGAAGGAUACUAAGGACGAGACGGUUACGGACGAGUCAAUCACAGACAAGACGGUCACAGACGUUGAAAACUCGAACACGACCAUUUCAGACAAGAUUGGGGAGAUGGAGCAAUCAUCGCAAGAACCCACCGCGAGCGGAGAAUUCGCUACGGACAGCAAGAUUUCAGAGGAGGCAGACCCAGGACCAACUGUUACCAAAAAGGGAAAGAAGAAGAAGAAGGGCAAGAAGUCUUCCACCCUGGACCCGGAGAGUACCCUCGAAAACUCGGCAGAUGUAGCGAAUACAAGAGAACAGUCCGCUUAUUUGACCUCUCCAUCGGGAGAGCCUAGCAGUGACGAAAUCCCCUUCCCGCAAGCAGACAUGCCGACAGAGGCUGAGUGGCCGACUGCUACAACUGCGGGCAAGAAGAAGAGGAAAUCCGUGACCUGGGCACCUGAACUGGAGUCUUUCUCGACCUUUGUUGAACCUAAGCCUGAAAUGCCUCAUGAAGGCGACGGUGGCUUGGAGACGACAAGCAACAUCGAACGCGACUCCAUAUCUGAGGUAUCUUCCACUGUCGAGCCAAGCUCGGCUCAGGAUGCGUCAAGGGCAGGGGAGUUGCCCGAAGCAGGCAGUCCAGGCGAUGUUCCGACCUCGCAAGGUUUAGAAGAGGAUGUCGACCAACAAACAGCCACAGUUGUGGCGGAGAAGGAUCUCGACUCUGAUGGCCAAGCACAGAUGCACCCUGCAGGCGAGCCCAGUGAGGAGGCCCUGCCCACACUGCAAGACACAACCGCGACCCCCAGCGAUGAUGUUCCGUCAUCUCCUGGGCUGAACACAAGCACGCGGGGAGUUGCAGGCGAGCCAAUGGAUUCUCUGACCCGGGAGCCUUCAACGCCUGCCUUUUCCAGUGAAGGCGGCACUGAAGUGGCCAACGAGAAGGGCGGUGAGACAUUAGAGCGGGAGCACGAGGUAGACGCGGAGCAGGUGGCUAGGGCCCAGGCUGGUGCAACAUCGGACCCCGAAGCUGCGGGCCGCCCUGACACCAUUGACGAACCAUCAGCGGGAUCCAACGCUCAAACGGGAGAGGUCGGCAGCCAGGACCCCGGCCUGCAUGCGGGUGUGGAGCCGAUUGACGACAAAUCACUGGAGAACACGCAAAACAGGCGGAUAGCGGAUGACCAAGCCGUGGGACCGGCCCUCACCGACUCGGCCCUGGAGCUUCUGGAGGCUGGAGACCCACUUCAACCCCCGGUCACAGCCUUGGCGAACCAAGACACAAACACGGCGAUCCCCCAACCUCUAGGACAGGGCACACAGGAGGGACGGGUACCCAGUCAGACAUCAUUGGAGGUUGGCAAAAAAUCUGACGCGGGGAUUACUGACUCUACUGCCGAGACCGAGACCCUUCUGCAAGACGUUCAACAACUAGACAAAAUUUCAGACGUCGAAAAGAAGGAAGAAGAAAAGAAGGACCUGAGAGACGAAUUCGAUUCUCUCGCCGCCAAUGUUGGAUUCCCGGGUCAGUCAGAUCUAUCGGAAUCUUUGGGUCAACCGAUCUUGCCGGAGCCGCAAAUAGAGCCGCUUUCGGAGACUCUUCCCGGCCUUGAACCAACAGGGGACCCGAGUACCACUCACGACCCCGAACAGACCGAAACACAAGUCGGUCAGGAAGACGACGUUGGUUCUGAGCCCUCAAGCUCGAGCAAGAUGUCCAAGAAGGAAAAGAAGAGCAGCAAGAAGAAGACCAAGGCUGCAACAUCUGAACCAAUUCCUCAGGAUGAUGUCCAAAAUCUCAAGUCACCGAUUGUGGAAGAUGGAGCCCCGGCUGUCAGGGCCGUUGACGAAUCAGUCCAAGCACCGGAGCAGGCGGGGCCGAAUGUCACGGACGCCCCGGAAGCAACCGCCGUAAGAGAAGCAAUCGAGGCUGGCGAGGAUGAAUGGGCAAUUCAACCAGCUGGCAAGAAGAGUAAAAAAGACAAAAAGAAAAAGGCUGCAGCUCAGGCAUCUGCUGCAGUGGAAGAGCAGAGCACUGAGCCUUCGCCUGCGCCUGAAACGCGCGAGAUUCCCGCCGAGCCUGAAGCGCCUUUACAGUCUUCAGUAGACCAAGCCUCCAAGGGUAAUGAUGCUGGCGACCACAAGUCAACAGAGGAGUCUGAGGACACCCCGGAGAGCGCAGAGCCCAAGCAAAGUGAAGAGGUUCGGGCCCCGGCGGAAAGCACAUCAGACGAAGUUCAAAGUUCACCACAGCCAACGACAAAUGAUGAGCUGCCGGCCGAACCAGCAGAAGCCGACAUCAAUGACUUUGAGCCGACGAAGAAGAGCAAGAAGGACAAGAAAAAGAAGAAGAAGCAGCAAAGUCUUUCAUUGGACGAUAGCCAGGAACUCCCUCAGCUGGAGACUCCGCUAGAGGAAUCUUCCUCUGCUUCACCUGACAACGCCCCUUUGCUUGGAGACGCAGCACAAAUGCCAUCUGAAGAUGUGCAAGCUUCAUCAGAGCCAGAGUCCAAAGGCCCGCUAAAGGCCGAUGCUCAGGGCCUCUCGACUUCGAAGUCUGAGGAAGAACCACCGGCCCAGGACUCACCAUCAACUUUGCAGCCUACCAACCUGGAAGCAGGAGCCUCCUCUGCCCCUAUGGCUGAAGUAUCCGAAGUCAAGCAGGAACUGCCAUCAGAGCCUUCUGGCCUGACUGAUCCUUCUCCAGCAACGCUCGAGACACCUGCAGAUAACACCACUCCACUUGCAGAGGAAGAGUUCCCAGCUGUCACCAAGAAGUCCAAGAAGGAUAAGAAGAAGAAGAAGAGUCUUGCUUCCGACACCCAAGAUGAGCCGCCAGCCACGCCGGAAGCGCAGCUCGUGGCAAAGGAGAUUGACCUAUUAGAAGCACCGCAGACUUCUGAGCCACUAACAAUGCCUGCCGUCACGCCGGCCGCAGAGGAGCCAAACCCCCAAGCCGUGGAGGAGGUGGCUACUCCACCAGAGGCAGCGGCGUACACCGAGUCACCAGCCGUUGUAUCCGAAGAUCCCAUCUCUGAGGACCAAACGCCGACUACUGUGGAGGAGGAGCUUACCACCUCGAAGAAAUCGAAGAAGGACAAGAAGAAGAGCAAGAAGGACACCGCGCAAGAUAUUCUGGAGGACUCUCCUGCUCCAGAGGCAGAAAGCAAGCCGGAAUCGAUACCCGCAUCGCAGGUGGAGGAAGCUCGCGAAGAAGCCGUCGUUCCUGGUGGCGAAGCGAUCGCCCAACCGAAGGAACCCGCGGAAGAGCCCAUCGUCACGACUGAGCUUCCCGAGCAGCAAAAGGAAGAACCUGUCAAAGCAGAGCCUGAGCAAGAGAAGGGUAUCGAAGAGACGGCGCCUCUGGAAUCGGAGCAGCCUAAGGUCGAGGAGGAUCCCUUCAAAGGCAUGAGCAACAAACAGAAGAAGAAGAAGAAAGCAGAGAUGGCCGCUGCCGCUGCCGCCCUGGCCGUUGCUCAGGAACCCACGCCUGCCGCCGAGGAACAAACCGCCGACUCCACGCCUGCUACUCUUGAGACCCCACCAGAGGCGCGGCCUACUGAGGAAACCGCUGCCGAGGAAACUUCUGCGCCAGAACCGCAAACUGCAGAUGAAGUCAAGAGCGUGCCAGAGGUUACGCCGGAGUUGAUGAAGUCUGAAGAGGAUCCAUUCAAGGGUAUGAAUAAGAAGCAAAAGAAGAAGAAGAUGGCCGAGAUGAAGGCGGCCGCUGAAGCCGCCGAGGCUGCUGCCACUGUCGAAGCUGUCGAGGUCGAGAAGCCCACGGAAGACGAAGCUGCCGCUGAGAAGCUUGUCGAGUCGCACCCCACAGAGGACUUGGUCGCUGAGAAAACCUCCACCGAGGAGGAGCUUACUGGGAAGGAGCCUGCCGUUGAGAAGCCUUCCGAUGAGAAGUCUGCCGAUGAGAUCCCCAUCGAGACACAUUCCACAGACGACGCGUCCGGACUGGAAACUUCCACCGAGGACAAGACGCCUGUCGAAGAGAUGACUUCUGACAAGACUACGAUCGAGACGCCGACCAAGGAGCAGUCCGCCGUGGAGCCCGAACGCGCGGCGGAACCAGAACUUGUGUCAGAGGCAGUAUCAGAGCCAGCCAAGGCAGACGAAGACCCUUUCAAGGGUAUGAACAAGAAACAAAAGAAGAAGAAGAUGGCCGAGAUAGCUGCCGCCGCCAAGGCUGCCGAAGCUGCUGCCGCUGGUGAGGCUGUUUCUGAGGCCCAACAAGUACCUUCUGAGCCUGCUCCAGCCAAGCUCGUCGACGAGGAGCCUUUUGUUGAGGAGUCUGCUGCCAAGGAGACUGCAGCUGAGUCGAAGUUCGUGCCCGAACCGGAGCUCGAGCAGCCUCAAGUCGAAGAGGACCCUUUCGCUGGCCUGAGCCAAAAGGAAAAGGAGAAGAAAUUGGCUGCAAUGGCUGCUGCUGAGGCCGAAGAGAAGGCAGUUGAGCAGAUGAUUGGUGAGGACAAGGUUGCCGAUAAGAUACCUGCAGAUGUCGCUCUUGAAGAGACUCCUGCUGAAGCCCCGACUGCCGAGGAGUCGACUCUUGCCGACAAACCUACCGACGAGAAGGCUGUUGAAGAUGCCCCCGUUCCAGAGGUGCCCCAGGUCGAGGCUCAGGUCGAGGAGGACCCCUUCAAGGGCAUGAACAAGAAGCAGAAAAAGAAGAAGAUGGCUGAGAUGGCCGCUGCUGCAGAGUUGGCUGCAGCCACUGCAGUUUCAGAGCUUGCCACUACAAAAGCUCCACAAGUCCCUGUAGAGAAGCCCGAGAAGGUGGCAGCUGAGAGCAAGAUCGUCGAAGAGACUCCUGCAGAGGCAGCUGCCGAAGAGAAGCCCAUCGACAAGUCCGAGCCGGCAUCACCCAUCGUCGAGGAGGACCCUUUCAAGGGCAUGAACAAGAAACAGAAGAAGAAGAAGAUGGCCGAAAUGGCAGCAGCUGCUACUGCUGCAGCCGCCGCCGGGGUUAUCGCAGCUGAAGUCAAGGAUAUCCAACACGACAAGGCUGCAGACGACGAGGCAGACAUCUCAUCCGAGCAGCCACCCGCACCUGAAGUAGAGACUGCCGCGACGUCUGAGGAUGCUCCUAGGGAUGCUAGUCCUGAGCUUCUUGAGGUGAAGGAGGCGUCAGAAAAGCCUGAGAGCCAGAUCGAUACUUCCGCAAUUCCGGAUGGCAAUGUCGAUGACGACUUCCCGAUGAUCGAGAAGAAGACGAAGAAAGACAAGAAGAAGAAGGGCAAGGCCUUGGAAAUCCUUGAGCCUGGAUCUGGCCCUUCGCCUGGUAUUGCCGCCCAAUCAAACGAACCUGUCGCAGAGCCUUCUAUCGAGGCUAUUGCUGAAAGCGUCCCGGAGCCUCCGCUGAGCGAUCCUACUCUAUCCACCGAGGACACACUUGCCGCAGUAGAGGAGCCUUCUUCGUCAAUGCCAAGUGCCACAAUCGACCAGUCUGCCGAUCAGUCGAUGCAUCUCGAGAGCCCCAAAGCACCUAUCGAGGAGCCUGCCAAAGAGGCCAUCGAAACGAUGGCAACAGACAAGCCUCACCUAGAUGCCGAUGUUGCUGCUGCCGCCGAGGAGUCUUCUCAAACUGUGGAGGAUGAUUUCUCCCCGAAGCUGUCUAAGAAGGAUAAGAAAAAGAAGAAGAAGGGCAAGCUUCAGGACGACUCGGAUCCCCCCUCUGGAACGGCAACACCCACCGUCUUGGAGCCUUCAGACCACCUUGAUGUAUCUACUCCUGAUGUUCAAGAAGCACCGGCUGCCGCUAGCACCGAUGUUCCUGCACCUGACUCAACCGAAUCGACCAAAGAAACUUCGGUGGACAUCUCGGAACCCCAGGUAGAUGCCGUCACUGUAGACGUCAGAGAGACGGCGAAGGUGGAAAGCGAGCCCCCUUCUGUUACCAAUGAGGCCGAGGAGGUGCACGUGGCCAAUGCCGAGUUGCCGACCAUUGAUACAGAUGCUACUUCAGCCCUAGUUGGAGACUAUUCCGCUGAGAUUCCCGCUGUGGCCCCCGUCGAGACCCCUGUUGAGACUUCUGCCGAGAUUCCAAACAUCGACGACGAAUUUCCAGCCUUCCAGAAGAAGUCAAAGAAGGACAAGAAAAAGAAGAAGGGCAAGACUCAAGACGACAUUGAGAUCACAUCGGGAGCUGCCACUCCAGCUGAUGCACUCGAAGCUGAGAGGCAUCAAAUACAGUCGCCCGAUAUCUCUGUCGAGCCAGUCAAGACUCCUACAGAUGCCAACUUCCCCGAGGCUGAGCCAAUUUCCACCCCAAUUCAAGAGGUGGAGGACCGUUCCGUGGCGGAAAUCCUCGCGCUAGCGCCCUCGGCUGAAGCGAAGACUGUAAUCGAUCAAGAUUCCAUCGCUAAGGACUCCCAACUUCCAAUCGACGCACCAGUUGAGGAAGAAUGGCCCGAGAACGCGCCCGUCAAGAAAUCUAAGAAGGACAAGAAGAAACAGAAGAAGUCCAUGGCCGAGCAGGAUUUCGAUCUUGCAUCUGGAACCGAGACACCGAUGGAGACCACCGUUGAAGACAACGAAAAGGAAGUAGCACAUAUUGAUGAUGCUAUGACUAGCGACACGCCCCUGACCUCCGAUAGCAAGAUGGCCUCAGAUGUCCCGCUUGAUAAGGCCUCAGUGGAAGCGUCACUUGAGGCUGACUCGACACAAGUAUCAGCUCCAGAGGUAGUACAGCCUUCGUCAUCGCAGGAUGUCUCACAAGAACAGCUGGCGGCAGACAUACAACAACCUUCUCCUGCACUCUUGGCCGAGAACCAACCUGAGCCAUCAGCUUCUGUGAAAUCAAUCGAGCUUAAGCCCGAGGAGACUGCCGAAGAGACAGCGGCUGCCGAGGAGCCUUCAGAGUUCACAGUCAACAAGUCUAAGAAAGACAAGAAGAAGAAGAAGAAGUCUACUACAUUGACGGAGCUUGAAACCCCUACUCCAAUUGCCGAGGAGCAAGUGGCCACCUUGGAAAACACUACCACCGAUCCCAUCGAAAAGCCAAACACCGCAGGAUCCAUCUGGGAGAGCUCGGCCGUCGAGCCUGUGGAGGGAACGGCCUUGCCUGCUGAGGGGUCAGCCUCAGUGAUUCCGGAGACUGAGCCCGCAACUGUCCACUCCCAGGAUGCUCAGCCAAGACAGUUUGCAGAGUCCGACAUGCCAACGACCACUCUGGACCUUGAAUCCAAGCCAAAAGGACUGGACAGCCAGUCUGAUGCUGCCCCUUCGACUGAGCAAGAAUCCAUCGCUCCCAUCGCAGUUGAGAAUUUGCCCGAGGGUGCUUCUGAUCAAGUCCGUUCAGUCGAAAGUUCCAACGUCGUGGCCGCGCCAGAGGCCGCAGCUCCUGCUGAUCUUGACGAUUUCAUGCCUGCGAAGAAGAGCAAAAAGGACAAGAAAAAGAAGAAGCGACAGAGCCUGGCAUUCGACGACGUCGAACCCGAGUCGCCCCUGGCUUCUGGCACGGCAACACCUAAGCUUGAGUCGACGGAGCAGCAAGAAACCGAGCGAGCUUUCGAUCAACAGCCUCUUCCAGCGGAAGAUAUCUCGACACACGAGGACCAUGCUUCGAGCGACAAGCCGGCCUUCACGAGGGAUGAUCUCGCAACAGACAGAUCCCUCGAAUCCACUUCAGUGCCUCAACCCCUCCCCACUCUUGAUGCCUCAGCUGGCCCCCAAAUAAUGGACGCCAUGACACCUGAACGCCGAGAAGAUCUCAACCAAGUUCAGACAAUCUCUGAAGACACGCUGGCUACUGAAUCUACGCCGCAGCAGGUUGUCGGUGACGAGACGAUCUCAGUUGACCAGGUGGAUGAAGUCUUGCCUAGCGCUCCAAUGGAUGUGUCUGAACAGGACGAUAAGCGCCCCGUAGAGGCAACGAGCGCACCAGAUGUUCGUGAAAUUGCCCUCACGGAGGAACCUGAAGAGACCUUUGUCGUCAAGAAGUCUAAGAAAGACAAGAAAAAGCGCGCCAGCCAGGUGCAGUUUGAGGAGCCGGCCUCGCCCAUCCUCGAGACCACCGAAGCUUCUGAGCAAGCCACCUUCGCCGAGCCAGGGCCUGAGGACAUCUCUCGGGGGAUCGUUCAGGAGCCCGAAGUCAUCGACCUUGCACCGCAAGAACCCAUUGCGGAGGAGUUCGUCUCCAAGAAGUCUAAGAAGGACAAGAAGAAGGCCAAGAGACUUUCCUUUGCGGAUGAGCCAGAAACAAUCGUUGAGGAGCAGGCCAGCGCCCCAGUCUUACCUCAAGGCGGCUCCGCCGCACUGGAGACGUCAAAGAACCUCCCGGUCACCGCUGCUGAGACGGAUGUUGCGAAGGGCUCUAUUUCAUUGAAAGACCCAGGUCAUCAGACAGCGGCUAUGCUCGAACCAGAAUUAAUGACUGAACCUGUCGCUGCUGGUGAUGAUGAAUGGGACAUUCCCGCCACCAAGAAGUCGAAGAAGAACAAAAAGAGCAAGAAGCAGUCAAUUUCACUGGAUCGCUCUCCCAUCAGCGCCAACUUACAGCCGGAACAAGAAACGACUGUGCCUGGACCUGGCCGAACUGAAGAUACGAAAGACACGGUUGAGUAUUUCGAUAGUGCACCUCGCGAAAUCACUCGAAGCCCUUCAGCGCCACCGCCUCCAGAAACCGCAUCAGCCCUCGAAUCACCUGCAGGCAUAGUCCCCGAGCCUGUUGGUGUCAAUACCACGUCUCCUACUUCGAUUAAGUCAGUAGACAUCGAUCUCACUCCCGCACAGGAGACCAGCAACGUCGUUCAUGAACUGCCCUUCGAUCAGUCAAACAAACGCAAGAAGAUGAAGACGAGAGAGUUGUCCGACACUCUCCUCCCCGAGCCGAUUGUCAGCUCUAGAGAUGUUGCUGCUGCGUACUCUGAUGACCGCGAGACACCAGCAGCGGGCAUCAGCAAGAUUGAGGAUGAGCUCCCUACCCCGGAAGCUGAUACACCCCUUGGAAAAAAUAUUCCUGGGCACAGCGCGGGCAAAGAUGAGCCUCUUCGGGAACCAGAGCCGGCUGCAUCCCUUGACAUCGCCGCUUCGUACAUGGAGCACAAGUAUGACCACAAGCCGGAUGAAUCUGUCCAGCCAACCACACCAGAGAAGAAGGCAUCCGAGUCAUCAGGCAUCGGCGCCGCAGUCGGGGCAGCAGCAAUGGCUGCCGGUGCGGCAGUCCUUGCUAGCAAACCGAGCAGCAGUAAGAAGAAGAAGGGAAAGAAGUCGAAGUACGAGGACAAGCGCGCAGCACAAGAGGAAGACAUGUUUGAUGAUCCUUCUCUCUGGGAAGGUGCCGAUAGGAAACAUGUCAGCGAGAUUGCAAGCAAAGAGGUGGAAGACUUUUGGGGCGGCGGCGAGAAUACGGCCGAUGACCAGCUACCUGAGCAGUCAACAAGAACAAGCAUGAUGGCGGACGACGUUUUCGGUCCCUCGCUUCAGCAACAGGAGGGCGUCCCCAUUGAAGCACAGGAGACUAUUGUCUAUGAACAAGAGCCCAACGCGUCUCCAGUAUCUCAAGGCUUGGUAGAGGACGUAUCAAAAGGAAGGUCACAGGAGGAGGAACAGGCUAAGGAUGUUCUGAGUCUCACAGCACCGCUCAAGGAGAAGGCUCAAGACGACAACAUUGAGAGCCCGAUUCUUGGCAAAGAAAUCGGAACGGAGCAAGCGAGCGAGCCUGCCAACAUCACGACACAACAACGCUCACUGAACCGGGGUACCAGGUCUCCCAUGACAAACACCAUGGUUAGCGAUAUGGAUGAAGCAGUCGAUCGUGGGUUCGAGGCUGAGGCCCGUCGCGAUCUAUUCGUUGGACGUUCACCAAACAGCCCUGAGCGGACCUUUGAGAUGGGCGGUUUCCGGAGUCCGGUGCCGAGCAUCUUGCCGCCCGUUCAGGAGGAGGGUCACGAUGGAAGCGAUAUCGAACCUCGAUUGCUGUACAGGCCUGCGUCUCGCACAACCACAGGCUCACCUGACCCAACACGAGACAGCGGCUUUGUACCCAGCUCGCCUCACCCUCUCAGAAGGGGAGGUUUUGAUAAUGAGGAGCAACGAGACAGCGGAGUUCAUCUUCGGGAUUGGCAGGAACAAAGAUCACCGGGCCGCGAUGGACAACGGACUCCAGAGUUGAGGUUUCACAAAAGUGAAAGACGACGAUCUAGAGAUCUGGAGAGAGUCAAGUCGCCGGAGAAGACCUCACUGAUCGAAGGAGAGGCUCGCGAUCACCCACUUUCCAGAACACCCGUAUUGCGAGAGCCUGCAGGAAGGGAGUUGACUCCAGAGCCGCAGAAGCACAAACGGGGCAUCAGCCCAGAGCUUGAGAUGCGAAGAAACAAGUACCAGGACCUGGCGUCGGCUGCCUUGGCUGGUGCAGCAAUCAGCAGCACAGUCUCGUCACCACGCAGCACUCCGCCACCAGGUAAUCGCAGCGUUUCCGACAGGGUCGCACGGCUGCAGUCUCCAGCACCUACAGAGCCUAUAGCGCGCAGGUCCAUGUCCAACAGCAGCCUGUCACGGCACCGGCGGGCCACUGGGGCGCUAACGCCAGAACCACUCAAGUUCCGGCCUGAGAGCCCAGGCAUCCAACGGUCAGGCACCGCCACCCCGCCUCUUCGCCGGGUCGACAGGCGUGUAAGCGGAGACUUGCGAUCCAUCAGCCAACGAAGUCAGCUUGACCUCAACAAGGACCCCAAGGACCCGACCAGCUCCUCAAACACCCCCGUCGCCAACGAAGGUCGUGUCCGUACCAAGGACAUGGCCGACGUCUUCGAUGGAUUCGGUGAAGGCCGCAUCGGCUCUCCCCGAUCGCCUACCCGUCCACACAGCAUGCGACGUCGCCAGAGCAUGCAAGUCCUCGAGCUCGAGUCCCGCGUCGAACAAUUGAUGGCGGAGAACCGCAUGCUCACAGACGCCCGAUCUCAGACCGAUACCCACAACAGCAACAGAGCCUCUGGCAUUCUGGCAGAGCGCGAUGCCGAAAUCGACGUUCUCAAGCAAUCACUUGAGUUUCUACAAAAGGAGGUUGCCCGAUUGACAGAGGUCAACGAGGGCUUGAACAGCGCCAAUACCCAGCUUGCUGCCCAACACAAUGAGCGUUACCGGUCAUUGGAGACCCAGCACUCUGAUGCCUCCAGGCAAUUAGAGCAAGCGCGCACCGAGCAUAACCACUUCCAGGAGUCACUGCUCCAAAAGGAUGCCGAGAUUGGCCGCCUACGCUCUGAGCUCGAUGCGGCCAAGGACAAGAUCCGACAGAUGCAGCGCCAGAUCCUGGCAUCCAAGGGCGCUGACAGCGACUUCCUCAAUGUCAAGGAUGUCGACCACUUUGACCACAGAUGUCAGCAGCUCUGCUCUCACGUACAGCAGUGGGUUCUGCGCUUCUCGAAGUUCUCUGACAUGCGCGCCUGCCGCAAGACAAACGAGAUCAAUGACGAAAAGGUCAUUGACCGUCUCGACAACGCCAUCCUCGAUGGCACCGAUGUGGACACUUACCUCGGCGACCGUGUCAGGCGCCGAGAUGUGUUCAUGUCCAUGACGAUGAACAUGAUUUGGGAGUUUGUGUUCACUCGCUACCUCUUUGGCAUGGACCGCGAGCAGCGACAAAAGCUCAAGUCGCUGGAAAAGCUGCUUACCGAGGUCGGCCCUCCUCCGGCCGUCCGACAAUGGCGUGCCGUCACCCUGACGCUGCUCUCUAAGCGCCCCAGCUUCAAGCACCAGCGCGACCUCGACACCGAGGCCGUCGUCCAAGCCAUCUUCCAAACGCUGUCCAGGGUCCUCCCUCCCCCUUCCAACCUGGAGGACCAGAUUCAAUCACAGCUGCGCCGUGUGAUGCGGGAGGCCGUCGACCUCUCCAUCGAGAUGCGCACCCAGCGCGCCGAGUACAUGAUGCUCCCGCCGCUGCAACCAGAGUACGACGCCGACGGCGAGCUCGCCGAGACUGUCACGUUCAACGCGGCGCUCAUGAACGAGCGCAGCGCCGACAAGUCUGCUACCAACGAGGCUCUCGAGGCCCAGAGCGCCGUUGUGCGUAUCGUCUUGUUCCCACUCGUCGUCAAGAAGGGCGACGACGGCGGUAACAAUGAUGACGAGAUUGUUGUGUGUCCUGCCCAGGUGCUGGUGGCUCGGCCCAAGGGCAAGUCCGUUAGGCUGUUUACGCCCGGGAGCGACGCUGGCGGUGCGUCGCUCGGCGGGCAGACGGCGGCCACGCACAGCGAUCUCAGCAUGGGAACUUUCUUGCCCGAUCAAGCCUCCAACUUGCGGUAA